AUGACUCGAAAAAGCCUAUCUGAUUUGAAAUAUCCGCAAAGGUCCCAUCCGCACUUCAGCGUUGACGAGGCUAAGAGGCGGAUACGGGAGCGGCAACGCCAAAAUAGGGCUCGUCGACGAGCAGAGAGGGAAACUAAAGAAGAGCGGGUUGUUCCCCUAGAGGACCGACCAGCUCAGUCCCGUCCUGAGAUUUCGGAAGAGGAGGGGCUAAAGACAUGUUCUAAUUCCAAUGAGCAUGAAAUAAGCAUCUCUAGUGGUUUGGACCGCGCGAUUAAUAUAAGGUUUCUCUCUGAUGCAGAUCAAGAUCCCCAUGUCCUUCACCACCGUCGUCUCGAUGCCAUCCGUGCCAAGGAGUACCGCAAACGCUAG